AAGUAGAGCCGCUGGAAGUUGGUGCGGAGUUUGUGGUAAAUGUCGGCGUCGCGGUGCGGACUCUCCCCGGGAUUACACAACCUCCUCCAGGCCGAGUAGCCGCUGCUCCUCCGCUGCUACUCCGCUGCUCCUCCGCUGCUCCUCUGCUGCUCCUCCUGCUGCUCCUCCUGCUGCUCCUCCGCUGCUCCUCCUAACCGGGUCAGGCAGGCAGAGAUGGGGGAAGAGGAGGAGAAAAGCCCCGCAGGAGUCAAGUACUUCAGGCUGUCAGAGAUCGAGGCGCAGAACUCCUUCAAGUCCACCUGGAUCCUGAUCCACAACAAGGUCUAUGACGUCACCAAGUUCCUGGACGAGCAUCCAGGCGGGGAGGAGGUGCUGAGGGAGCAGGCGGGAGGCAACGCCACGGAGAGCUUCGAGGACGUGGGCCACUCCACGGACGCCAGGGAGAUGGCGUCCAGCAUGGUGAUCGGGGAGCUGCACCCGGACGACCGGCACAAGAUCGCCAAGCCUGUGGAAACGCUGGUGACCACGGCCAAGGAGGAGUCCAGCUGGUGGUCCAACAUGAUCAUCCCCGCUCUGGUAGCCGCCAUCGUGACUCUGAUGUACCGCAUCUACACCACAGAGAGCGAGUGAUGUCAUCAUGGCCAUCACCAUCAGGCCGCGGUGACGUCGUCAUCGGCGGCGCUCGGUGCUGUGGCUCCUGCGGCGGCUCUAGAGCAGACGGCGGUCUGCUGUGGACCAGCGUGAUGCUAAACAUUCCUCCAGCCUCUGAUAGAAGCAGCAGCUCUACGCUGAUUCACCAUGACAGCUCUGAAUUAACCAACCAAUCACAUGGCAUUAUCACAAUGAAGUCCUUAAUGUCGGCCAUUUUCCAAAUCUAGACGUUCAGCAGAAAACUUUGUGAUCUAAAAUCUUACAGAAAUGCACUGGAUGUAUAAUUUGUUGUGUUUUUAUAGCUUGAUAACUGAACAUGAAUGAGUUCCUCCGUGUGGGUCAGCAGCUAACGGUCGUCAUGCUGCAGGAAGUCCAGUUUGUCCGCGUCGGUUCUGCAGAACUCAGCUGGUAGUGUUGGUGUGAAGGGAAAUCUAGAAGCUAACCCAAACCUCCUUUAUUCUGUCUAACUGCAGCUCAUAAACCAACAGCCUCAUUUAGAUACAUCUGCACUAAAUUCAAAUAUUAAACAAAAGUGGAGAAGUUCUGGUUUGAUUUCCUGGUAACAGAAUAAACCCAGUUAGAACAGUUAGUAAACUAAUUGUUCUGUAGAGGAUGGAAACGGUAGACGUGUCGCCGUUCCUCCGUCCGACAGACGCGCGGAAUAAACCCUUCAGAUUAAACGGUUUUCCAAGAUAAGAUCGACUUUCAGACUGCAGCCUGAGCUGGAAGUGCCUUGCUCAAGGACCUUCAGUCCGGUCCAUAUCUGACGCAAUGGUGUCAAGGUUCUCCGUCCAGACCGGAGCCAGAAAACCAGCCCGGUCAGUCUGUAAGAGUGCAGCUGCUUUUUAAUACAAUAAAGGUGAUUCACAUGUUG